AUGCCGCGCUGCAAGUUCUGCAAUCGAUCCUAUCAGCGCUCCGAGCAUCUCACGCGACAUGUCACCACGGCCCAUCCCCAUCCAGACGCCAGGCAACGCACUUUCGAUUGCACUUUGCCAGGAUGCAACAGGUCCUUCAACCGCAACGACGUCUUGCGAAGACAUAUGGGCAUCCAUGCUCGUCAGCAACAGCAGCAGCAGCAACAUCAGCAACAGCAACAAUCUCAGCGUCAGCAACAGCACCAGCAGCAAGACCAUCGGCACCAACCACAUCAAUCACAACCACCACCGCAGCAGCAUCAACGUGAGCCGAACCAUACACCAUCGUCCAAGACACGUAGGCCGUUGACGAGCGGCCUGAAGGAGCAAAGGCCUUCAAAGUCGGCUCGCAUUGCGACGGCGACGACAGCAAUUGCUUCAUCAUCGACGGCGUCGGUUCUGUCGCCCGCUGCAUCGGUGGCCGAAAGAGCUUCGCCGUCGCAUCCAACACCACGUGGCGAAGCCGCUCACGCAUUGGCUUCGCUGCUGUCCGCUUCGCCGUCGCUCCAAGCUGCCGCUUCCGAUACCGGCAAUCAUGGUCGUUUCCAUCAUCACAACCUGUAUUCAUCCGACGCAAUCAACGACUCGGCUGCCAGCGACUCUUCCUGUCGUCAGGGAAACCACGCAGCCAGCCACCGCAAAGCAGUAGGCACUGCACCGAUGGAGAUCCAAGCGGAUCCGAUGCUCUUUCCCUCCGGCGCUCAACAGCUGCCCUAUUUUGGCCUCGAUACACAGCAGCUGCAGUUCGACCCAUUUGCUCAUGGCAAUUCUGCCGCUUUGGAUGCAAACAACCUCAAUGGCGGCGCAGGGUGUAUGCUACAAGUUCCUCACUUUGAUUUGGGCGGCUUGGAGUGGAUCUUUGAGGCACUGGAAGAGUCUCGCACCUCUUCCAGGGCGGAGUUCUCGCCAACGUUGGUGGCCAGCGAUGCGAUCGGCGGAUUCGAGCAGGGUCAUGUUCAAACGCAGGCAGAUGGCAGCAGCGACGCACUGCAAGCCGCUGCUGGUCUGAUGAGCAGCUGGACGCAAGCUACUGGAAGAGAGGGUCAGGCGGCAUCGGGAGGAGGUCAGCAGCAGACCAGCUCGGCUGCUGCAUCGAAACCGGCGCACGGCGCAACUAGGGAAGAGGGCGGCGAAUGGCCACAAGACUAUCGACCCGCUUCGAGCAGUCUACCUCUCUUCGAGUUGACUCAACUCAAACUCGACGGCUUCUCGGACGAUUCUGCCAACGCCUCGAGCAGCGGCAGCGCCCAAGACCAUCGUUCGUCCGCCUCUCCGUCCUCUUCAGCUCACUCGGCGUUCACUGCCGCAUCACGAGGUCCGUCGAUCACAAUACUCGACUUUGAGCAUUACAUCACGCUUCCUCCCGCGGUACCAGCGCAUUGCGUCGUUAGUCAAGAGACUCGACUGCGGCUGCUUGACUUCAUCCGUCACAGCUGCAAACAUCCCUGGUCACGCUACCAGCUCUCCGCCGACGCAUCGCACUUCUUGACGGUGACGCAGCUGCAGACCUCGGUCAGUUUAUUCUUCGAGCAGUUCGACACGCAUUUGCCCUUUUUGCACAAGCCCACGUUCAGGACCGACAGGAUCCCUAGCAUGCUGUUGCUCGUCAUCAUCACAAUAGGCCUGGUGUUCCUUACGAGAGCCGUGACGAUGCGACAGCAGUCGGCAGAACAGCGAACGACCAAUGCCUCCACGCCCGGCAAUUUGGGUGGCGGCAAUCGACUCGCUAUCGCGCUGUCCGAAAUCGCGCGCAUCAGCGUCGUCUCGGCCGUCGAGAGCGACUUGCAGGGCUUCAUGCACAUGUGGGUCACGCAGAGCUGGUUGCUCCAGCAAAUGUUCGGCCUCGGAUGUGGCGAUAAGAGGCUCUUCCAACUGGCAGAGAGGAACAGAACGGGAAUCGCGACUUUCGUGCGCCGACUGGGCUUCCUCAGGACCAGGCAUACCAACGGCAGCGUGUCGCCCAAAAACGCCUCGAGGAGCGGACAUCAGACUCCUGCAGCAGCAGCAGCAGCAGCACCGGUUGAAGCGGCCAGCGAGAGACUCUCGCUCGAACAACGCUGGAGGUCGUGGAUCGAGAUCGAAUGUCGCAUCCGGCUAGGCUGGGCCGUCUACCUCUACGACCAGGGCUAUCCGAUGUGCUUCGACCUGCCUCCCGUGCUCGUGUAUUCGGAGGUAGCGAACCAGUUGCCGUGCGAAGAGGCUUUGUGGACCGCUGACUCGUGCUUCGAGUGGGCCAAGCUGAUGGAGCAACAUGCGGCCAACGACGGAUCGCACGAUAGUGCCGAGGAGGACGAGGCGGCAUCUUUGGCAUCGACGCUCAGCGACCGAACCUCGGACUUUCUCAACACGCUCCAGUCCUUCUUGCAACACAAGUCCACUGCCGUGAGAAUCAACAAGUUUGGAGCGCUCAUCUUGGCAACGACGUUCCACCGAUUGAUGUGGGAUCAUAGCAAACAGGAGUUGCUGCUCGGUUGGUCCGCCCCUACCGCUGGUGCUUUGGACACGACGCCAUGCAGCGCAAGUACCGCGAGCAGCGUCGCCUCCACACUAGGUUCUCGAGCGAGCUCAUCGCUCGCGAUGCUGGCCCAGGCGGCGGGCGUGACCCUCCCCUCGCCUUCUUUCCACCACCACAUGUUUGCGCGGCACGGUCGACGCAGCGGCUUCUUCGGCACUGGCCAUGCAGACGCAAUGAUCUCGGAUCUCUUGCUCAUCAAGAUGCUCUCCGACCUCCACUUUGGCUUUCCGCCCCGACUGUUCGACGAGCUCAAGGACGCAGCGGGUCGAUUCGGAUUCCAGACCGAAGGCCAUCGUGAGGCGCACUCUUGGUUGCGAAAGUUCUUCGCACAGACCUCGCACAGGAUCUGCAUCGAAAAGGGAGUUACGACUGCGCUGCACAUCUAUCACUUCUCGGCAGCCAACUCUUCGGAAGCAGCCAACGGAGGAGGACACGUUGAUCACGGCGUGAACCACGUCAUCGCCGUCUUUCAUUCUGCGCUCUUGCUCUGGGGCUACUUGUCGUAUCAGACUUCUUCGACCAGCGUCGAGGCGACUCUCGGAUCACCGGAAGCAGCAACGAUGUCGGCGGUGCAGGACCGAGCCUCGAUGGAGCUGUUGGGAGGAUCGAUCGGUCAGAUGCUGACCAAGUUCAUGGACCUGCUGGAUUGCUCCCCCUGGGCACUGGCGAGGAGUUUCAGAGCGGUGCUGCAGCGCCUAGCUCUGCAUGAUGUUCAGCCAUAA